CUCACUUGAGCAGUGCGUCUCCUUUUUCAUUCGUCUAUAUAGUACUAAUACAUGCAGUCUGUUGAUACCGACUGAUUUUACUCAGCCGAAUUUGAUUAUUUUUCAAUUUGGAAACAAGCGCAUACUCUAACUGUGAAAAGUGUACUGAAAAGUUUGUUUAUACAUCAAAACAACUCCCAGCGGUUCUUUUUAAUUUUCGUUCAAGUGAAGACAAGAUAAAUAUGGAUAUGGAUCAGAAUAUUGUAAGCAUAUUAAAUCAAGCCGAAGAAGGCCAAGAAAUCAUCCUAGAAAAUGUAGACGAGGAAACCGAAACUGAAGAAAUUAUAGAAAUUGUUGAAGAAAUUGUAGAAGUGUAUGAUGAAGAUGAUGAUAACACAGAAGAAAAUUCUCUUUCAGGUCAGGCAAAAGUUGAAAAAACUGAACAAUCUCAAAAUUGUGGUAAUCAAAAAAUGAAUGGUGUACCUUAUAAUCCUGAUAUUACCAAAAAAGUCAUCUAUGCAUCUCAUUUGGUCAAAGAAGCAGCUCAAGAAAAACUUAAUAAUCAAUAUCACUAUGAUGCAUCUGCUGAUUGGGAAGACGAUGAUUAUGAGCAAGACGAACAAACUAAUCAAGUACAACAUGAAAAUCAAGAAGUCGACAACAGUAAUGAAUAUGAAAAUUAUACUAACUACAAUAACGGAGUUACCUCAGAUGUUGCUGAUGAAAAUCAAGAAAAUGAAAAUUCUAGACAAACCACUUAUGAGCACGGUGUAACUCAAGAAAAUAGCGUUGAUGAUAAUGAUAGUCAACAAGAAAUUGUCCAAAAUGCUGAAAAUAACUUGGUUUACACAGUUUUAAAUACCAAGAAACAAGGAAAGCAAGUCCAAGAAAAUGAACAAACUGAAACACAAUUUGUUGAGGUUGAAAAAUAUAAGAACUCUGAAGUUGCAGAGGAUGGUACCAUUUAUUAUGCUGUAAAUGAAGACGGAUCAUAUGUUACAUCGGUUGAAGAUCAACAACACUAUGAAUAUACCAAUGAAACACCAGCAGAAGAAAAUGCUGAAUGGGAUGAAUCAAAUGCUGAGGUGGAAACCCAACAAGAAGUGACAGAACAAGAGCAAAUUUUUUUGCAUGAAGAUGAAAAUGGACAAUUAUACUUCAAAAAUGAACAAGGUGAACUCCAACCGGUGUAUCUAACUCCAGAUGGUAAUUAUGCACUUGCAGAAGAGGAAGACCAAGAUGCUCAAGAAGAAGUGAAUCAAGUUCAACAAGAAUCAGAAGAAACAGAAAAUUAUGUUUUACCUGAUUUAGAUCUUCAAGAUGUUUCUAAAAACAGGCAAAACAGUGAAACAAAUGACGAUGAAGAUGAUACUAUGACCAUGACAUUAAUUAUAUCUGAAGAUGAAAAUGGACAAAAACGCACUCAAGUUAUUAUACCAACCCAACCAGCAGCAAAGUGCAGGCUGUGCAAUAAAACUUUUAAAUCUUCAUUACAAUUACUGAAGCACAAUAGAUUGAAACAUGCAAGAGAGGAAGAUAUUACCACUAGAAACUUCCCUUGUGAUUUGUGUCCUAAAAGAUUUACUGAUCAAAAUUCUUUGGCACGUCACAGAAAAUUGCACACUGAAGAUAGACCUUUUCAAUGUUUAGAAUGUCAGAAAACCUUCCCUACUGCCAAUAUUUUACGAAAACAUUUGUCAACCCAUAACCCUGACUCUCACCCAUUACCUUGUAUUUACUGUGGACGACGUUUCUUAGAUGAAUCUAGUUUAAUGAAACAUGAGCAGUCACACAUGGCUGCAGAAAAGAAAAAUCAUGUUUGUGACAUAUGUCAGAAAUGUUUUGCAAACAAUUUUGACCUCAACAUUCAUAAGAAAAACCAUGAUCCAGACAGAAAAUUUGAUUGUGAAGUUUGUGGAAGGGAAUUUAAUCGUUUGAAUAAUUUGCAAAGACAUAUGAUGGUGCACCAACAGAAAGGAGCAAAUGAAGAAAUACUCUCUUGCAAUGUUUGUGGAAUUACUUACAAGUUCUCAAGUUCUCUAACCAGACAUAUGGUAACAACGCACAUGAAUCCUGAACGUUUAAGACAACAAGCUGAAGAACAAAGAAGAAAACGAGAAAAUAACUACCGUCGUUACCUUGAAAAUCGUAAAAGUUAUGAAACUCAGCAACCAAAACGAAUCUGCCGUCGUAAUUCCAGCAGAUUAAUGGACGAUGAUGAAGAGGAUGAAGAAGAAAUGAUGGAACACUGAUGAAAAACACCGAAAAGUUAAUUUUAUACGUGAUGUCAUUUUAAUCGAAAUUCACUUGAAUUUUGUUUCAACUUCACGUAUCUCAAAAGAAUUUUCACAAAUAAAAUCAGUACAUUUAUUUUCCAAAUGUAUCAUAGUAUAAAUUUUAUAAAAAUUUAUCAAAGAUUUAUUUUGAACUUUGAAAUCGAUCAGUUUACCUUGUAAGAUUUAGCAUAAGAAUUAUACAAUUUUUCGAUGGUUUUUCAUUAAUUUUCUGUAGGCAUUUGAUUUUUUAAUUAAUAAAUAAAGUCUGGAGGCUAUUGUUGGAUUAAUUCAACAAUUUUUAAUUUACAAAGUAAUCUAUUUGUUCUAUGUAAUGUCGUUACAUAAAUUUUAAAUUGUAUUUACUAAAGAAAAUUCUUCAUAAAUUUAAUCAUUUAAAUUUAAUAAAAUUUCGUCAAAUGUAAGAAUGUCUAAGAAUCAAUUUAAAUAAAUGAUAUAUUAAGAAAAUAACA